AUGUCAGCGAAUAAUCAUCUAAUGGAACUUGGAAGGCCCUCAUCAGGUAGAAGAAGAUUGAAAGAUUUAUUGGUUCAGAAGGAUAAUCGUGUUUGUGCUGAUUGUAAUGCCCCAGAUCCUAAAUGGGCGUCUGCUAACAUUGGGGUGUUUAUAUGCUUAAAAUGUUGUGGUGUGCACAGAAGCCUUGGGACUCAUAUAUCAAAGGUUUUGUCUGUGACAUUGGAUGAAUGGUCAGAUGAUGAAGUAGAUGCAAUGAUAGAAGUUGGGGGAAAUGCUUCAGCUAAUUCAAUUUAUGAGGCUUAUUUUCCUGAAGGAUAUACAAAACCCGGACCAGAAGCCAGUCACGAGCAGCGUUCUAAGUUUAUACGGUCAAAAUAUGAUUUGCAAGAAUUUUUGAAGCCUAGUUUGCGCAUUGUGUCUGGAAAAAGCAGCCUAUCAAGUUCUUCCAAAAGUAGUUUUAUGGAUAGUUUUAAAAGCGCUGGCUCACAGAGAAUGGAAGGUAUGGUAGAAUUUAUUGGAAUGUUAAAGGUGAAAGUGAUUAAAGGGACAGAUUUAGCCAUCAGGGACAUAAAGUCAAGUGACCCAUAUGUUGUUUUGAACCUCGGCACACAGACUAUACAGACAAGUGUAGUGAAGAGUAAUUUGAAUCCAGUCUGGAAUGAGGAACAUAUGCUGUCUGUUCCGGAGGAAUACGGACAGCUGAAAUUGAAAGUAUUUGAUCAUGACACAUUUUCUGCGGAUGAUAUAAUGGGGGAAGCAGACAUUGAUCUUCAGUCACUGAUAACAUCUGCCAUGGCAUUUGGAGACGCUGGAAUGUUUGGAGAUAUGCAGAUCGGAAAGUGGUUGAAAUCUGACGACAAUGCACUCAUUGAGGAUAGUGCAGUCAAAAUUAUUGAUGGUACGGUUAAACAAAUGAUGACACUCAAACUCCAGAAUGUUGAAUCUGGAGAAAUAGAAUUAGAACUCGAAUGGAUUUCUCUUGAUCAAUAA